AUGCCUCCUCCUCCAGAUGUUUCGGGAUACCGUCUUCCGGAGGCAGAAGCAGCCCGCAUCUUCGAGACUGAAAUCCUCCCCGUCGAGUUCCCCGCCGACGUCAACCCUCCAGCUGCAGAUCAUCCUGUGGCUGUGCUGGUCGUUGGUCAAACUGGUGCUGGAAAGACUCUUCUGGCACCGACCAUCCUGAAACAAAUUGCUUCCAGGCAGCCUGCCCACUUCAUCGCCGACACCUACAAGACCUACCACCCAGAGUACACGAAACUGAUGCUUACCAGCCCUAACCUAGCAUCUCCAGCCACGGGUUACGAUGCCAGAAAAUGGCUGGCCAUGGCUGCCAAGGAAGCAGUCAAUAGAAAGAGAAACGUCCUCCUGGAGAGUGCGUGUAGACAUCCUGACGACUUUUGCGAAUUGGCCGAAAUCUUCCGCGAGGCAGGGUACUUCAUCUGGGUCUUUGUUCUUGCUGUCCCCGAGCCAUUGUCCAGAAUUGGCAUUCUUACGCGUUUUUAUGAGAAGAAGCCUGAGGGCCAGUCGCGAGGUCUCCCUGUUCGACUGACGCCAGUCAAGGUCCACAACGACUCAUACGCUGGCUUGCUACAUGCUGCGAAGUUUUUGGAUGAGCACAAGACCUCCAUGCAUGCCAUGGUUGUUCGUCGCGGUAAUCUCAUUGCUUAUGGAUUAGAUAGUGUCGAAGUAAAGUUGGAAAGAGAAAGACGACGACCACUCAACAAGGAAGAGAUGCAGACAGCACUGGAUGAUAUUCAAAGGUUGAGCACUCACGAAGACACGGCGGAGCAGCUCACACAGAUUCGGGAAUUAUUGAAGCCAUUGAUUGAUGGUAGUGCUAGUACUGAUGAUCUUCCUGCGCUACGGUCUCUCGAUUCUCUAGGCAACUGGAUGGAAUCGUAA